AUGUUGGCAGAAAACGGCGAGUGGGAGAUCGUCCACCGGCCGGCCAGGAGAAACAUCUACAAGCACAUCCCCAUGGACAGCAACAAGCACCAGGACAUCACCUUCUACCUGAUCAUCAAACGCAAACCUCUGUUCUACAUCGUCAACAUCAUCAUUCCCUGUGUGCUCAUCUCCUUCCUGGCCUGCCUCGUCUACUACCUGCCCGCUGACAGUCAGUGCACGUUUAAAGAGCAAUUUCAACCAUUUCUCCGUAACCUAGGGAAAAUAAAUACAGUCGUACUUAAACCAGUUAAACUGUCUCUCAGGUAUUUGAUGUUCAUCAUGGUGCUGGUUACUGUGGUCGUUUUAAACUGUGUGGUCGUCCUCAACCUGCACUUCAGGACGCCGAGCACGCACGUCAUGACUGAGUGGACCAAGAGGUUUUUCCUCGAACGGUUGCCUCGGCUCUUGCUCAUGUCCCACCCUGCGGAGGCAGAGCCGGCGUGGGAUGGAGCGUUGCCGCGACGAUCGAGUUCAGUGGGUUACAUCGCCAAAGCGGACGAGUACUACACCGUCAAGUCUCGCAGCGAGCUGAUGUUUGAGAAACAAUCGGAGAGACACGGCUUCACCACUCGAGUCACCCAUGCAGCAUUGGUGAAACCCCAGGAUGACGGAGGUGUGACGGAUCAGCUGUACUCUGAAAUGAAGCCAGCUGUGGACGGAGCGAACUACAUCAUCAAACACAUGCGCAACAAGAACGAAUACAACGAGGAGAAAGAUAACUGGAGCGGCAUCGCUCGCACCGUCGACCGCCUCUGCCUCUUCCUGAUCACUCCUGUGAUGAUCCUUGGCACCAUCAUCAUCUUCCUGAUGGGAGCCUGCAACAGUCCUCCAAGUCUGCCCUUUGAAGGAGACCCGCAUGACUACAUGGAGAACCACGCACGUCUGCUUAGCACAUGAACAAAAGCACCCAACACAGCAGAGAGCUGCUGCUGUGUUCAUAUCCUGAGGUUUGUUACUCUGUAUGACAAAAUACUGUAGCUGUGUGUUUUCUUGUGUCGAAUGAAUAAGUCUGUAUUUGAUUUAAUCCAGUGUUUGUGGUUUGAAUAAACAUUUAUAAUCAGAAA